AUUUCGCCAUCUUUACUCGGCCUAUGGGGGCAGAGGGGACGGCGGCGGCAGAGGAUAGGAGAGCGGCGAGGGCGGCGGAUUCGGUUGGUCGGUGGGUUUCUCGGAUUGUUUUGAUCACUCCUCAGCAAAUAUAACCAGGUUUUUUCAAUUCGACGCCUUGGUACAUCUUUCAUUUCGACUCAGAAGCAUCUCUUCGCAUCGCCCAUUCUGCCAUAGAUUCAAUUUGUCUCAAAUUAUCACAAGCAGCUGGUCAAGUACAGUAAAGCUUUCAAAAUUGGAACUCUUCCAGGGAUGCCGACUACUACUGCAGCAAUUGCAGGUUCAGGAGACUCGUCCAAUACUAUAAUUGGUUCUAGUGUUGAAGAUAAAUCCCUCAAGGAAUUAGCGGCUGCUCAAUCGCAAUAUCAUCCCCAAAAUGAAGUGCAAGAACUUGAAAAGUUGGGCAAACACAUUUAUCCUUGCCAACAGGGAGAAGCUCAGGGUUCUCAAGAGACAAACCGAAGUUUUGGGAAUGAUCCGGACAUUGUUCCUCAUGAUAGUGUGUUUAACAUUGCCGUCUCAUCUUCUAGCAAAUUCAGGUCACAUGUUAACGACACCAGAGAUAUUGACAGUGCUGUUCAGGAUGCUGUGUUGAGGGAACAGGAACUUGCUACCCAAAAUAUUAUUCGUAGCCAAAGAGACUCCGUGGGUGCAGAUGGACUUCCUGUUGAGCGAUCAGAUAUCUUUUCAGAACGUUAUGACCCAAGUACUAUUAAACUUUCUACUAUGGAUAACCAACUGUUACAAAAUCUGAAGGGAGAUGGCCCCCAUUCAAACGAUCCGGCUUCAAGAAGUAUUGGAAAAUGGUUGGAACAAACAGUGCAAGUCUUGUUGCUGCUCAUAAUCAAGGAGCAUCUGUUGAAGAUUACUUCUGAACAUCGUGCAGAAAUGGCUAUGAAAAGAGGAAAGCCGAAUCUUCCAGAAGAAGGGAACUUGGAAAUUGGAAAUGGAUAUGGCGUCCCUGGUGGAUGUGCUUUCUAUGGUGCUUCAAAGCCUGGAGUUGUUGCCAUUGGAAAUAACACGAUUGGCCAGAAAAUCCAGGGACAGGUUAGGGAAACAGAACAAAGUUCGGCUGUCAAAGCAUUGCCCGAGUACCUCAAGCAGAAGCUAAGAGCUAGGGGUAUUCUUAAAGAAGAGGCAGAACACAGCAAUUCUACAAGUUCUGAUGCUAUUUCAAAUCAAACGUUGCAAGGAGAAAAGCUGCCUCAUGGAUGGGUGGAGGCUAAAGACCCUGGCAGUGGUGUGUCAUAUUAUUAUAAUGAAAGUAGUGGGAAGAGUCAAUGGGAAAGGCCCUCUGAAUCUUCUUCUGAUACGCAACUUUCAUCAGCCGAAUCCCUUCCAGAAGAUUGGAUGGAGGCACUCGAUCAAGCAACAGGCCUUAAAUACUACUACAAUAUGAGAACCCAGGUAACCCAGUGGGAGCCGCCUGUUGCAUCUCAUCAGACAACUUUGACACACUCGAAUGAUAAUGUUCUUGGGUCUUGGAACAACCAAACUUUGGAGCAAAGUAAAUGCAUCACAUGUGGAAGUGGAAUAACCCUCGUGCAGGGUUCAAGAUACUGCAAUUGUACAAGUGGGGUUUCUACAAGUUCAACCAAUGGGAGGUGGCAGGAUCAAUCGUCUGAGCAAAAUAAAUGCAUGGGAUGCUGUGGCUGGGGACUAGGCCUUGUGCAAGCUUGGGGUUAUUGUAAUCAUUGUACACGAAUUCUCGGUCUCCCCCAGUGUCAGUACUUGCCAACCAGCAAUAUUAGUAAUCAGCAGAAGACAGAGAACAUCAAGCAUAGUGCUGAUCCCUCCAUUAAAAAAUCUGCGACGGAUGGGUCCAAAUGGAAACCUCCAAUAGGGAAAGGUGGAAAACGAGAAAGUAGGAAGCGUUCCUACAGUGAGGAUGAUGAAUUGGAUCCAAUGGAUCCUAGCGCUUAUUCGGAUGCUCCUCGUGGUGGCUGGGUAGUGGGUCUAAAAGGUGUGCAACCUCGAGCAGCAGAUACCACUGCUACAGGUCCUCUCUUUCAACAGCGGCCAUACCCAUCACCUGGAGCUGUUCUGAGGAAGAAUGCUGAAAUUGCUUCACAGACCAAGAAGGGAAGCUCUCACUAUGCACCUAUUUCCAAGAGAGGAGAUGGAAGUGAUGGCCUUGGUGAUGCUGACUGAUCUCUUCUACUUCAUUCUGCUUUGAUGAUACGGCAACGCCCUAUUUCUGUGGUGUAGAAAUGCACUUUUCACUUUAGAUGUGACAGAUAUCUUUGACCUUAUAGCCUUACUUGAAGUUAUGAAUUGAAUGCACAUCUCACUUUUUGAAGGGAUUGCGGCCGUAUAUUCAACUGGAAGUUAUUGAGUCAUUUUGAGGUCUUCUAUUUAUGACUUUCUUUGUUUUUUCAACGACUCCUUGUAUAUGUACUUUUAUAUAGAAGACAACACGAUCAAUGAAGCAAAAUUUCAACUUAUGUAUAUGUAGCAAAAGAUGCGAUUAAUGGAUAGGAGUAGAAAAUUUGAACCUAUUGUACCCUUUUA